UGAAACAAACAUCGCCAAACACGUUCGCCGUGCUCCUAUUAAUGUACAUCACACAAAUGGUCACUUGGGCAAUAUACACCUUCAAUUUACAACGAUUUGGUGGUAUCGAUAACACAAACACAUCUUCGUCUCUCAUAGACACAAAUUUGACGAGGAGCAAUGCGACCAAGGCCGAUUUAAAUUAUGGAAAUAAUCAGGUAGAAGAGGAGCACGUUGUCACCUUAUCGGACCUGAUUAUACCUAUGGUACUGGGCUUGCUGCUCAGUUUCAUACACUCGCAAAUAGUGGCAACUAAUAUUUUAACUAGUGUAAAGUCCAAACAUAGACGCUGUUCGAAUGCCAGUCAGAGUGGCAGACCACCGCGACAGAGUGGUGAGAAUCGUGUUCGCAGGCGCAAGAAACUUGUGAGACUGCGUAAUCAAGAUUCUACUGAUGCCUCAACGCAGCAACAGCAGACUGCAAUAGUGCAACAGCAGCAGCAACAGAUAACCACUACACAAAGUACACAACAAACACGCUUAUUAUGUGCCAUGCAAAGAAUGCAAGCAAAUUCCGGUAAGCUAACCAAAAUUAACAAUGUCACUACUAAUGUCGUGGAAUCGGCGCCAAGCAAUGGGGCUGCCGAUAUAAGCGACUCCACAAUGCCAAAGAAACGGCCACCAGUGCCACCAAAAGUAACACCAGCUCGCAUUGGCAGCGCCGAGACCUUCAACAACACGACCAUCACCACGACCGGCAUUCGUCGCUGCACCAGUCCCGCCAAACUGAAACUUGAUCUCAAAUGCGCUACGGAAACGACAACAAUUGCUGCAGACUUUAGCAGUACCAGCACCGAUUGCAAUACCGAUAGCCAUAGUCCUACGAGUAGUCAUAGUUUAGGAAAUAAGAAACGAAAUGUGAAUUGGCACUCGCCCAUACAUAACUACGCCAUAGUAAGUAGCGAACCGACUGUGGUAAGUACACAAGAGAAGCAACAACAAACCUCGCCACAAUCACUGUCAUCCCCCUCCGGCUCCGCUUCAGUAUCGGCAGCGACCACAACCACAACCAGUGAAACCAAUUCUCCGAAUACAACAUGCGGCUCCACAGGAACAGUGCGUACUAAAAGUGGUGAGAUUGACGCCAGUUCAACUACAACGAGCGCUGACUGCUCUCCCAGCAGCAAAAUGGUACGCAUCGAUACAUGCGUACAAGAAUUUUAUGAUGAUCUCAUAAGGCGAACUGAUUGCCUAGUUUCCGAACAUCGAAAGGAAAAUAUGAGGGACCAAAGCGCGGGCGGCGUUGCUGCUGCGUCUGUAUCUACGAGUGCGCCCAACCAAGGUUCCUUGGCGAUACCAGCACUUCGUAACAACAAUCGACGCCAAAUCUGUGAAGAUGACGGUUUUGAGAGUCUGAAUGGCAAAAGUUCAAGUGGGGAGGAAACGAAUAUAGCACUACCGGUUUCGUAUGCAGAGACACCGGCGCUGUCCGAAGAGAAUAAACUACGUUUGCGAUUAAAUGCAACCAACCGGAUAGAACGAUUGGAAGAUACCAGCAGUUAUGAAGGAGAGCCACAAUCAGGCACUUAUUAUCGCCUGAAACCGCUGAAUGAAAAAAUGCGGCCACUCGCCUCAUGUGAUAUCUAUCAGCCAUCGAGGAAACUAAAUGUUUCCGUUGCAGCAGAUGUAAGCAGUGGCGACACCGAUGAAGAGGGUGACGAUGGAGAGACUAUAUCUAGUCCUGCUUCGCUGGGCAACGCGUCUAAUUACACCGAGUGUACUACUUCCGCUACAGAAUGGCUUGGUGUAACCACAAACAGUGAAGAAUGCAGUUACAGUUCAGAGUUGGAGAAUUCUGAUAACUAUAAAAGUAAUCAGUUUUCAGAUGAGGAUGGCUACGAUGCAGAUUUAAUGCCCACUACCAUUUUGAAUCCACAUGGCACGUCAGAUCGCAUCAGUUGCACUGUUUGGGAACAACGCGAGAUAAAAAAAGCACAAAUGUCCGUGCUUGAGAUUUCAUCCUGUAUUAUUGAGCGCGUUGAGUCAAUGCCGGAAACAAACGACUACAUCUAUAUUGGUCUGGGCUUCUCAUUCAUUCUCUCUUUAAUACCAUCUUUUUGUCGGUUGUGUGAAGUAACCAUCGACAGCGCCAACGCCAAUGAAAUUAAUUACCUUGAAGUUCCUAUGCUGUUAUGGCAAAAAGCAGCAUUUUCCUUGUGGACAAUAUUUGGCUUUGCCUUCGGUAAUACUCAGUGGGAGCGCACUGUGUUGGUCAUAAGCUUCCUCCAACGCCUCUGCCUCACUACAAUUCUUUUCAUUGUGUUCGCUGUGGCAGAACGGACUUUCAAACAGAGAUUCCUCUAUGCUAAGCUCUUCUCACAUCUAACUUCAUCGCGGCGUGCACGUAAAUCCAACCUCCCACAUUUUCGGUUAAAUAAAGUACGAAAUAUCAAGACUUGGCUUAGUGUACGCUCAUAUCUCAAGAAACGUGGGCCGCAACGUUCCGUCGACGUCAUUGUGUCAGCGGCUUUCAUAGUCACCUUACUAUUGCUGGCUUUUCUCAGUGUGGAGUGGCUUAAAGACUCAGUGCAUUUACACUCCCAUUUAAAUUUAGAGGCCCUGAUGUGGUCUACAACAAUUGGCAUAUUUUUGGUCCGAUUUAUGACUCUUGGCAACAAAAUACAUCACAAAUAUCGAAGCGUCUCUGUUCUAAUAACUGAACAAAUAAAUUUAUAUUUACAGAUUGAGCAAAAGCCUAAGAAAAAAGACGAACUCAUGGUGUCCAACAGCGUACUCAAAUUAGCUGCUGAUCUUCUUAAAGAAUUGGAAACACCCUUCAAAAUUUCAGGGCUUAGCGCCAAUCCCUAUUUGUUCACCACAGUGAAAGUUGUCAUACUCUCCGCUCUGUCAGGUGUAUUAAGCGAAAUGUUGGGUUUCAAAUUGAAACUUCACAAAAUUAAAAUUAAGUAAACCGGAAAAAAUAAACAAAAUAUUUUAAAUAUUCCAAGGAUGUAAUCAGAACCCCCUAACGUGCUUGAAUCGUACAAAUUCAACCAAAACAGUAGUAACACUAAGUUUUAAAAUUUAUGUGUAAACACAUAAUUUAUUAUUUAAAAUAUUUCAAGUGGUCUUAUUUUUGCUCUGAUAAUUUAAAUUCAAUAUUUUAAUCGGAUACUUUUCAUAUAUGAAAAUGAAUAAAAGAAAUGUGUAUUUAAUUUGAACUAAUAAAGAAAGAUGCAACCAAAA